UCAUUCCCACUGCGCGACUUCUGUAGGCUGGCAGACUUCCUUCAAUAUUAUUUCUGGACAGCAGGGUAAAAGUACUAAAAAAUGUUGCCGAGCCACAACACUGGGACGGACUGAAUGGAGGCCACGUUGUCGGGGAGCGGAGAUAAUAAAUCCGUCUACGGUCAACCGCGACACUCACCGAGCGACUUGUUGAGUUCUUCGUGAAAGUCCAGUCCUCGGUCUCCCCAUGCCUCCAUCUCCCCUCGACGACAGAAUUGUGGUGGCGCUGCCAAGGCCAAUCCGACCUCAGGAACUCCAACUACGCCUGGACACCAGCUACCUGGACUCCAUCACCACCAGCAGCAUCGACAAGACCGUAAUCAGCACCACCGUGGUGAAGAUCCGGGCGACGGCCAAUCUUGUAACGUAUAUGCCCUCAUCCAAGGGCUCCACGCGCUCAUUGUCGUGUGGAUGCAGCAGUGCCAGCUGCUGCUCUGUCACAACCUAUGAGAAGGACAGCCAGAGCCUCAGCCACAGCCAGGUGAGCGCCAGUAGCCCCAAUCUCAGCUACGCCGGGCCCCCUACCCCAAUGGUCAGCAGCCAUGAAGCAUUAAGUGCCCCCAGUCUCGCCCCUGGCACGCCGAAGGCCCUAGCCACCGUGAGGGUCAUCCACCCCAAUGAGCUGGCCAAGCGGAUAACCUGCUGCCCCAUGGGUCACCCUGUGGGGCCCGUGCCGGUCAUCAUUGACUGCCGGCCCUUCAUGGAGUACAACAAGAGCCACAUCCGGGGGGCCGUGCACAUCAACUGCUCUGACAAGAUCAGCCGGAGACGGCUGCAGCAGGGCAAGAUCACUGUGCUGGACCUCAUUUCCUGCCGUGAGGGCAAGGACUCUUUUAAGGGCAUCUUCUCCAAAGAGAUUGUGGUUUAUGAUGAGAGCACCACGGACCCGAACCGGCUGACAUCCACUCAGCCUCUACAUGUGGUCCUGGAAUCACUGAGGAGGGAGGGCAAGGACCCAAUCAUCCUCAAAGCCUUUCUCUCUCCAUUCACAGGAGGCCUUAGCAGCUUCAGGCAGAGCCAUGAAAACCUGUGUGAGCACUCGCUGCACCUUCACGAAGGCUUGGACACGGGCGCAGCUGCUGGCCUGACGGGGGCUCUACCUCACUCCCUGCCCUCCACCCCGGACAUAGAGAACGCAGAGCUGACGCCAAUCCUGCCCUUCCUCUACCUGGGGAACGAGCAUGACGCUCAGGACAUCAAACUGCUGCAGCGCUUGAACAUCGGCUACAUCCUAAAUGUAACCACCCACCUGCCGCUCUACCACUAUGACACGGGCCUCUUUGUCUACAAGCGCCUGCCUGCCACCGACAGCAACAAGCAGAACCUGCGGCAGUACUUUGAGGAGGCGUUUGAAUUCAUUGAGGAAGCACACCAAGCGGGUAUGGGCCUCCUGAUCCACUGCCAGGCAGGCGUGUCUCGUUCAGCCACCAUUGUGAUCGCCUACCUGAUGAAGCACACCUGGAUGACCAUGACGGACGCCUACAAGUUUGUCAAAACCAGGAGGCCCAUCAUCUCCCCGAACCUUAACUUCAUGGGCCAGCUGCUGGAGUUUGAGGACGACCUCAACAAUGGAAUAACGCCACGAAUCCUCACGCCAAAGUUGAUUGGUGUGGAAACCAUCGUCUAGAUUAACCUCUCGACCACUCCCCCUCCAAUGCUCGCACUUGUACCAAGUCUCCAUCUGCCAGCGGAGACUGGCUGAUCUGAGCCAAUUUGGAGUGUGAGAGUCGCCGAAUUUUUCUUGACUCUUGAGAGUGCCAAAGCUUUGGGUCAGUGGCGAAGAGAAAUGCCAAAAAUCCCCACUGUUUGGACCUGGCUGAAGUCCCAGAGGAGAGAGCUAGAAAGACAGGAAGCGGUCGGUGGCGAGCUUUCCAUUUGUGACUGCAGAGGAGCUUAAAUGACGGAGAAGGAAAUCUGUUUGGAAAAGAGAUUCUGUGCGCUUAGGGGUAGAUAUUGACAGAAGAAACUCUUAAAGCUCACACUGUGGCACACAGUUUAUGUUUGCAGACUCAGGCGGGGUUGGCCACGGCAGUGCCUGUCCAAAAAAAACAAACAAAAAAACAAAUAAAGACUUGUUUGGUGUGUUAAUGUUGUUUUAUUUUUAUACAGGGGUUUAUGGGGGUGACCAUGACAAGCCCACAGCGGCUUACUGUGCAAUAAUUUCAGAGUGGAAUGCAACUGAGACCUUGAUCUUAUGUGUAUAUAUCGGACUUGAUAAUACAAAAUAUUUCCAGCUCUUUGCUGAACAACGGUUUUGAUGUUAAUGUAAAUUACUGUUGUUCAGUUCAGUGUGCAUAAGUAUGCUGUA